AUGUUAUCUGUAGUCCUGAUUCCUGUGGCGGUUGCCCUCAUAAUACUCUUCCUGCGCACCAGACCUCGCAAAAACCUCCCUCCUGGCCCCAAGCCCAUACCCAUCCUCGGCAACAUCAGAGACAUGCCAGAUGCGACCACUCCAGCAUACCAACAUUGGAUCAAGUUUAAAGACCUAUAUGGUCCCAUCAGCCAUGUAUCCAUCCUUGGUCAGUCGUUCAUCAUCCUCCAUGAUCGUGAUGCUGCGGACGCUAUCUUGGAAAAAACCUCUAUCAAGACGUCCGGACGGCCACAGUUCUUCUUUGGUAACAUAAUGUGCGGCUACAAUCAGAUCCUCAGUUUUAAGCCAUACGAUAAAUCGUUAAAGCAACAUCGAAAACUGGUCCACCAGCAACUGGGCACUAAAACUGCGGCAUCGCGAUUUCGAGACGUUCAAGAUGUGGAAUCGCGCCGGCUUCUGCUGAGGAUACUGGAAAGCCCAGAGAAGCUUUCAGCACAUAUCAAGACCGAAGCAAGCGCUAUUAUACUAAAGAUGACAUAUGGUUACAACUCGGAGCCACACAAACCAGAUCCAUUGGUGUCGCUGAUCGAGAAGAUGAUGCAUAAUGCCUCACUCGCCUUCGUCCCGAUGGGUUGGGCUGUUGAUAUACUGCCGAUCCUUCGUUAUUUCCCAGAAACCCUCCCAGGAAUGUCCUUUAAGCGCAUCGCACGAGACUGGAACGCCAAUAUGUGCAUGGUAGUUGACGUGCCGUACCGCUUCGUUCGCGAGCAAAUGGCAAAGCAAUCUCAUCGAUCAUCCUAUGUUGCUUCACUUAUCAAGGAACAUGAUGGCGUUGUGGACGAAGAGACCGAGGCAGUCAUUAAGCAAACCGCUGCUGUCAUGUAUGCUGGAGGCGCUGAUACCACUGUUUCGUCUAUUUAUAGUUUUGUUCUGGCCAUGUUGCUAUUCCCAGAUGUUCAGAGCAAAGCGCAAAAAGAGAUCGAUUCGGUUGUUGGGACAAGUAGACUUCCCCAAUUCGAAGAUCGGCCUAAUCUUCCUUACGUUGAUGCCUUGAUCAAGGAAACACUCCGAUGGAUCCCUGUAACCCCAAUGGGAAUCGUCCACACAGCCGACGAGGAUAUCCACUACAAAGAGUUUGUCAUCCCUAAAGGAGCAACAUUCCUGCCAGCAACAUGGUGGUUCCUCCAUGACCCAUCGAUCUAUUCAGAUCCAUCCUCCUUUGACCCAGACAGAUAUCUAGAACCACGAAAUGAACCGCAUCCCAAUUUCGCCUCAUUUGGGUUCGGUCGCAGAGUCUGUCCUGGGCGGUUCCUCGCUGACGAGAGCCUGUUUAUUAGCAUCUCACGUCUGUUAUCUACUUUCGACAUAAAGAAGGCUGUUGAUGGGCGUGGCAAGGAGAUUGAGCCGGAGGUAAGCGUUACGCCAGGCAUGAUUGCUCAUAUUCGUGACUUCCCAUACGACAUCAAGCCGAGGGGCGAGAAGUACGCGGAUAUGAUUAGACAAGUGGAGGUUGAACAUCCAUGGGAGCAAGCUGAUGCUCCGUUUCUGAGCCAGGAGUUGUCUCUGGAGUCAGAAGGAGUUUGA